AUGGAUCUGCUUGACAAAAUCAUUACCGUGGAUCUGCUCGACAGAGUAGAGCUCAUCUUUACCCAUGAUCUGGUCCCCAUCAUUGCCAUCUCCGUAGCCACUUAUGCCUUUGCCUGUUGGCGGGAUCUUCAAUCGACCAAGAAGACAGCAGUCGCCAACAGAGUGCGCCGACCAGGCAAGAGCUGGCGGGUACAGGAGCAAGUCCUCCGCGGCCGGGCGAACCACGACCAGAACAAGAACACCAAAGGCGCGGUUCACAUUGGAGGGGAGCCAUUGCGUCAGGUCAGUGUGCUCCAUGACCGAGCCAUGCACCUGUUUGGCGAGGUCGGCAAGGAGUGGAAGGACGACACCAAGACCGAGGAAAUUGCACCACAAUCAGUCACUGGUCCUACUGCAGCGACGCCCAGCGUGGAGUCGGAAGAAAAAGAAGAUAUAGUGGAGGAUGAGUUGGGAAAUGAUAGUUCAGGUGAAGAGGUCCCAAAAGACCCUCAGCUGGGAGAACAUAGUCCAAGUGAUAGAGAAUUACAGGAUGAUCAGGACCAGCCUGAAACUAUAGAAGAGGAGGGUGGAGAAGGCCGAGAGCUUGCCAUCGAUACCGAACUUGGAUUAUUCCAAUCUGCCCGACCCAGAGUGAGCGCCUACAUAGAUAAGGGCAGAGAACAUUUGCGUAAAGCCGGAUCCUGGUUCGGCCUGCCCGAGCCUCACUCACCGCUCAAUGUUUUGAGAAAAGCAUCACGUCUCGAAUGGGCUUUGUUCAUGGGUCUCAAAGACGUUACAAAGUCUGGGGUCAUGUCUUCAGCUGACACCAUUGCGGAGAGGGUCAAGCCAAGCCCUCAAGCCGACCUGGGCCGCAGAGCUGCCUUUGCUCAUCUCGAUAGUCUUGACUGGGAGGAGGUGCUGCGCGCCAAUGCCUACCGUAUGGAUGAGAAGGAGUACUAUUCCCUCGAAGAUUCCAUCAUGGCUUUCUUGGGUUAUCAGGGGCCAACAAAAUUUCCUCAGAGACCUGUCACGAAGCAAAGAACUUGGCCGACACCACGGGAGAGGUUUGCUGAGGGCAAACGCCGACGCUCGAGCCUGAUGUCUACUCUUACGGAGGAAGAUAUUGAUGACGAUAUCUUAUUAGACGAUUUGGAAGAAACUCCAGCGGCCAUUUGGGAGGAGCACAUCUCCGUUGUGAAGAAAAGAAACGAAUCCAACCAAGAGACCUGGUUAUCGCGAGACGAGAAGUAUAAGCUCCGAAGCAGGAGACUUGGUCUUUUGCGGAUGGUCCAGGAGGAGCGGGUGCAGGAGGCCCAGGGCGAACUCGGCAAGGAAAAAGGCGAAACGCUGGCCCUGCUCACGCAGGCCGACAACAUUGCACGCCUGGCCCGUAAGCAUGUCAACUUUUUGAAUCAUGCGUACGGCAAGGCCCUCGAAAGAGAAAGCAUGUCGGACGACAACAUCCGGUACUGGGAGAAUUUCGGAACGGGCCACGAAAUGGACCAUUUUCCAGAAGAGUUGCGCAAGCGGAUUUUGCGAGAUGAUCUCGAUCGCAAGAGACGGUUCCGGUCAACAUAA